AUGAGGGAAUUCGGCAAAGACACUGGCAACAUGAGUGACUGGUUGACCGAUGAGUUCACUGCAGGUGCUCUGGUAGCCAUUGCCAACGCCACAAGAUACAAUGAUAAGGCAAAGGAUAUCGCCAUUUCAAUAAAGGCUCAAAUGGAAGACCAUUUUGAUGGACCCUGGCAAGUCAUUGUGGGAACUGACUUUGCAAGGUGA